AUGGUUACCGAACAAGAACUCCAGGCGUACAAGCCUGUGCUUACGGGUAAAACCCUUCUUUAUUUCACUUCAAUAUUUGUCUCCUUAGGGGUAUUCCUAUUCGGUUAUGAUCAAGGUGUCAUGGGUUCGUUGCUUACCCAGCCAAAUUUUGUGAGUUAUUUCAAUAACCCUAGCCGAUCUGAAAUCGCCAUAAUGGUUGCAAUACUUGAGCUUGGGGCCUUUUUCUCUUCACUCUUUGUGGGACGCAUUGGUGACGUUAUUGGGCGUCGUCGCACUAUCAGAUAUGGUGCAUUCAUUUUCAUUAUUGGUGGCUUGAUUCAAACAUGUGCUCACCAAAUGCUUGAUCUUAUAUUUGGUAGAGUUAUUAGCGGUAUUGGUGUCGGGAUUCUCAGUGCUAUUGUCCCAGUUUAUCAGUCUGAAGUUAGCGCUCCCAAAAAUCGUGGGAAAAUGGGAUGUAUACAAUUUACCGGUAAUGUUUUUGGGUAUUCAACUUCCAUUUGGAUUGAUUAUGGUUGUUCUUUGCUUCCAAAUGACUACUCUUGGAGAAUUCCGUUAUCUAUUCAAUGCAUUAUUGGAUCUUUUCUUUUCCUUGGUUCUUAUGUGAUUGUUGAGACCCCCAGAUGGUUGUUAUCAACAGAUAAUGACGUUGAAGGACUUAUUGUUAUUGCCAACCUUCAUUCCAAAGGUGACACCCAUCACAUACUUGCUAAAGAUGAAUAUCAAUCUAUAAAGAAAGAUGUGCUCACUCAUAGAUUCGAUGGUGAGCACAAAGGAUAUGCAUAUAUGUGGCGAAAAUACAAAAAGAGGGUAGUUCUCGGUUGCCUCUGCCUCAUGUUUGCCCAGUUCAAUGGUAUUAACGUGAUCUGUUACUAUGCAUCUUUUGUAUUUGAGCAGGCUGGUUGGCAUGGUAGAGACGCUAUUUUAAUGACUGGUAUUAAUAGUGUUAUUUACGUAUUUUGUACCAUGAUUCCUUGGUUCCUUGUCGAUAAACAUGGGCGCAGGCCUAUUCUAUUAGCUGGGGCAGCAAUAAUGUUUUUUUCUUUGACUUUAAUGGCCUUCUUUUUGUGGCUUGAUAUUCGUGCUACUCCAUUGAUUAUUGUGAUGCUUGUCAUAUUAUUCACCGGGCCAGGGUUUGGUACAUCAUGGGGCCCUAUUGCCUGGUUUAUCCCCAGUGAAGUUUUACCUAUUCUGAUUCGUAGUAUUGGUGCUGGGUGCGCUACAUCUGCUAAUUGGUUUGCCAAUACUGUUGUGGGUGAAAUGACCCCAAUACUUCAAGAAGCCAUUGGUUGGAGACUUUACUUGGUUCAUGCCUUUUCAUGCCUUUGUUCAUUCAUGUUCGUCUUGUUUUUUUUGCCGGAAACUGCCGGGGUCUCUCUUGAAGAUAUGAACUCUGUGUUCGGAGAUGGUGCCUCCUCGGUGUAUGGUGACAAUGCUUCACUGUACGCACCUAUCAAUGAUCUGGACUCCUUGCUUGGUGGAUCGAUUUCUGGAGAGUCUAUGCAUGAAAAUGAUCGUCUUUACGACGGUGAAAAUAAUUCUUACUAUUGUAACCAUAUUGAUGAUGAAGAAUCUCUCUUGCGGGGCGGGGGAGUGGGGUCCCAGUCAUUUAUAAGCACUGUGCAAGCACAGCGUGACCCUGGAAACAUUUCUACUAAACCACCUUUGGAGUUCACAUCUUUAGCAUCAUUGAGACCAGGCUCAUCUAGCAUUAUUGCUGCAGAAGAUAUUGAACCGCCAAGUCUUGAGGAAGUUUUGAGAUUUAAACAAGCACAAGAGGGAAGCAGCAUUAAAGGAAGCAUUAGACGUGGAAGCGAGAGCGUCAGUCAUAUGAUUGGAAAAGUGUUGAAGAGGAAAGGUGAAGGCGAUGACGAGUCGUUUGAUGUACAGUCUAAUAGAAGUAAAGCUCUUUCUGAUUAUGAGGACGAUAGACUUGACCAAGGAAGCAUGCUGUCAAACCCACGACAUUAA